UUGUUUAUUGUUUUCCGUUUCUAUUUUAAUUUUUCUCAAAUAUCAAAUUAUUUGACACAAUGGACGAUAACGAUAAUUCAAGCAAACCAAGUGAAUUUAUUUUAGUCAAGUAUAAUAUUCCAGUUUUGGUGAGCUCAUACACUGAGAAAAGUAUUGGGGCUCCAUCGACAUCAUCGGCAGCAGCAGCUUUGAAUAUUGAAACACCAUCGAUUUCAUCGGCCAAAGAUCGAUUGGGUAGACCAAGUUCAGCGAAUACGAUAGCUGAAAAUGGUCGAGAAACGGAAGAAAUUUUAAAUUCAAUACUUCCACCACGAACAUGGGAAGAAGAUGGUCAAUUAUGGAUGCAAACGGUUUCAAGUGUGCCGGCCACACGUCAAGAUGUCGUUAAUUUACAAGAAACACUUGAUUCAUUGUUGCAACAAAGUCAAGCACGUGAAACCGGCAUUUGUCCCAUUCGACGUGAAUUGUAUACACAAUGUUUCGAUGAAUUAAUUCGACAAGUAACGAUAAAUUGUACGGAACGUGGCUUAUUAUUGCUUCGUGUUCGUGAUGAAAUGGUUAUGUCAAUGGACGCCUACGAAACACUCUAUUGUAGUUCGAUUGCAUUUGGUUUGAGAAAAGCGUUACAAAGUCAAGAGGGCAAGGAAAAAUUGGUUGAAUAUGUGGCACAACUCGAAAAAGAUAAAGAAAAUAUGGAAAAUAUUAUAUCAGAUAUGAAAUUGCGUGCCGAACAAAAUGAAAGACGAAACGCUGAAUUGCGGGCGGCCGAAGAGAAAAAACAUGCCGAAGAAAUCGCAUUUCUUAAAAAAACCAAUGCUCAACUUAAAGCUCAAUUGGAAGGAAUCAUUGCGCCAAAAAAAUAAACAAUGCAUUUUCAUUUGUUUUCCCAAUACGAACACCAUUCAAAUUUGUGAAUUGAUUUUGUUUUCGAUUUUUUU